UUUUUUUCUUUACUGUGGGCCUACCGUUGAUGCCUCCAUUUUACAUUUAUGCCUGUCUUUGAUCCACCACUGAUACAGUAUAUCCGUGACUAUCCAUCCUCACCAACUUCGGCGGCGCGGUGCUACCGCAACGACCUGUCAUCAUCAACAUGUUCCUCUGCUAGAAACAGUAACAACAGCAUCCCACCUGCCCCUAAUAACAACAAUACCAACUCUUCUUCUGCAACAUCACCUUCCAACACAACACCUACAACAACCGAUUACGAAGAUUUUGAAGAUGAAGAGACAGAAGCUACCUGCGGCGAAUGCGGACGACCACUAGGCCCUGGAUGGCAAUGCGAAUCAUGCCGAAGAAACUGCCCUCAUUGUAAUCGAGCCUUGACCACGGAUCCAGACGACUUUUGCGAGCGAUGUUUUCGCAAGUGUGACAAGCACAAUAUCAUCUAUAGUAUUGUCGAUCCCGGGUCGUUGCCGGCUGGGCAAGAAGAAGGUUCCAAGUGCCCAGAAUGUCGCAAGGUCGAACAAGAUCAACAGCAUUAAAGUCUUUAUUAUUUAUUUGUUUCUUCUGUACUAAUUAGUAACUUUGCCUUUUGUUUUUCUGUAAUAUUAUUGCCUAAUCUUUUUAUGUGUCUUUAAAAUAAAUUUUUAUAUUUGC